AUGAUUGACAUAUGUGUAUAUGCUUCGGUUGACGGAGAUGCCGAAUUAAGCGCUAGCAUGACCAAGUUUUCCAACAUCGCGCCUACGCAGACUGUCAACCAUACCGAUUAUGAGCCUAUAAGCAUACGUCCUCUUCUGCUGAGCAUCGAGACUAAGAAGCCCGGCGUCCACUGGGACACCGCACAACUGCAGAUUGGUAGCUGGCACGCUGCCCAGUGGUCAUUUCUUCGAUGGGCCGUCGGCCAAAAGAUACGUAGACAACGAGCGGGGAGAUAUACAGACAUCCAUCACAUGAAUGAGGAGGAAGAAGCCUAUAAAGUGAAUGAGCUUACCGUUCUAUCGUCUCUAGGCGUUAUACCGAGUGUCAUUAUCCAGGGUCAUCGGUGGCUCCUCGUACUUUCGACAUAUGAGAAAGGGAAGACAAAGUUGUGGACAGACCAACAGUUUGGAACAACUCAAAGCUGUUUGGAUAUUUAUGCUGCUAUUGCUAGUAUGCGACAGCUUACGGCGUGGGCGCGAGAUGUUUAUAUGCCUUGGUUUAAAACAAGUGUUUUGGAUUGA